AUGGACUACUUUCGGGUUACGGACGUCUGGUACGAAAGGAUCGGAGGCAAAGUGGGAGCCAAAGUUCGCUUUGAGAAGCUGAGCCUUUCUACGAAGAGCUGGUGGGCAGCCAAAGGCUCUUCUGCUCCUGUUCCAUAUCAUCAGCGCCCUGAGAUUCAGGCCGAGUUCAACCGCUGUGCCACUUGCCAGACAGCUGUUCCACGUAUAUACAAUGAAGGCUGGAUGUGCCUGCAACCCACCUGCGACAGCUUCUGGAAACUCCACGGCUUCGAACCCCCUGUGGACCUUACGUUCCAUGCCAACUUCAUUGAAGCACGAACUUCUCCUGAUCCAGAAGUUGUGCCACACCACGACCUGGUACCCAAUCUGCUACAAACGUUAGAAGAAGACGGAGAAGGCGUCAGCUAUUCUCGAAUCGCAUGGAAGGGCAUUGUCUGUCCACGUUGCCAAAAGUGCAUAUCCCGGAAGUAUUGGCACGGCUGGAAAUGCACAGAUGAGCUCAUUCCGAUGUCGGGAAAAGGCGAGACAGGCUGCACAUUCGAGAAAAUGCUGACAGUGCAACCGGUUUCCCUACGAUCUGUUAUUGAUGACUUUGGCCUUGGGCCGCUUAAACGCGCUUAUCAUUUUGACGGCAGAUUUGCCAUACCAGACAUUGAUGAUAAGACGCUAUUUCCGUACAGAAAACUGACGUACCGAAUUCCAGGUGUAGGCAGCAUUACUCACUUUGUCGCUAACAGAAUAAUUAACAGUCGUCCUGACGGGCCCAACGAUCUAUUUCGACAGCUACAAGUUGCUGACCUUGGGCUGCGCCGCUAUCCAUUGCAGCACAGUGUUGUUGACUCCAGGCCCUUCACCGAUGCUCCGCAUGAAAUCAUGCGGGCCUUGGGCCGAUUGACGUGGGCAACUGAGCGAGCUGUAGCUGGAAGUGGAGAUGCCUUCCUCCCUCCAAAUGAGCUGCUCAUGCUUGGCUACUUUGAAGACAUGAAGAUUGGGUAUCAUGACGAUGGGGAGUCGUCUCUCGGACCAACGAUUGCCACGCUUUCCCUGGGUGCCAAGUCGGUCAUGUCAAUUCGGAUGAAGUACAAGUACUACAACGGCUUGUCGAAAACCAAGACACUCUUGAAAGAUGACCCCGUAUUGGUGGGUUGUAGGAUGGAAGCCGAACGACGGAGCCUGAAGGGUCAACUGGCAAACGGUGAGAUUGACCGGACGACAUAUGAUAGUCUACGACGCAAGACCUUGCAGAAGGGCAAAUGCGGAGAGGCUCCCAUAGAAAUCAAGAUGGAGCUGAACCAUGGAGACUUGGUAGUCAUGCACGGCGAGAACCUUCAGAAGUACUACGAGGUAAAUGAAUCCCCAAAGCCGUGCCUUAUCAAGGAAACGAUACUGAUGCUUUGA